AUGACGGCAGAGAAUUCCAAGCGAGAUUCCGAACGUACCGGUAAUGGAGAUAGGCCACAGCUUUACCUGAGUAAGACUACUAACAAGGCUUCAUCAUUAGGUUCAAAUAAACACCAACGUAAGAAGAGCAGUAGCAGGCAUCAUCAAGCAAAAACAUAUCAUCAUGACACAAAGCCUAGCCGAAAAUCCGCUUCCCACAGAUCCUCUAGAAGAUCGUCCGCAUCUUCUUCCUCAAAGUCGCCAUCUGGACCGUCCUCUCGUCGUGCUUCCAACAAGCGAGGAUCCACCAAACGAUCUUCGAAGAACCGGAGAAGAAGCAAUAAUCGUCAAGAAUCCCCCAAUACGGAUGACCUCUCUUCCGUUUCUAGCAGUGAUAAUAUUCAACCGGGUGCCUUUCCUGUUGAUCCCUCCCUAAAUCCGCCUAAUAGUAGUCCAAGCAUUACUACCACCAAUACCAUCACCAGUAGAACGGAUGAUCAAAUGAUGAUUGCUGCCGAAAUAUCACCGGAUCGAGAUGAAGAAGUACGGCAGGCGUAUGAACGAGGAGCAGAAGAUAUGAGAAAUACGAUUCAAGAGAAUGGCCACGAACCACAAGAAGACGGAGAUGUGGUAGUGGCAGUAGCCCGAGAUGACGAAGAAGACGAAAAGGGACGAUUUUCUAAGAGAAACAUUUGUUGUUGCUUAGUCUUUUGUGUCUUGGCCGUUGCUGGAGCCAUUGUGGGUGGUAUCUUUGGCUUACCAAAAAAGGAGAGCGAUACCAUUAUUACUGUUAUCUUGCCACCGUCUAUUGAGGAUUGCGAAUCGGUGGCCAAUGGAACUGGAAUGGCCAAUCAAGACUUUGUGGAUUCCACAUCGCUUUAUCUCGAUUUGGCAGUCAUCCGAGAGUCGAAAGCAGACAUGAGUCCCGGCGAACUAGAAGGUCUGAAGCGACGGAUUCUACUCUAUAUCCUAACCGUGCUGCUUGGCUGUACAGAACAACAGAUUCAAAUCCUAGAAGAGCGUAUCCUCGGUAGUACCGAGAAUAAUCGAAAGUUACAAGAGAUUAGUGAAGCUGGGAAUAGUGAAGCUGAGAAUACCAUAUUUGAACUAUACGUCAUUGGGAACACUUUGAUUUCUGAUAUUCGUGUUUGGCAGUCGAACGAAGCAUGUCUGAAUUAUGCAGACUCGUUCUGUACCCAUUUGCGAUUGUUCCUAGAUGUAUACUUGCAAGUUCCGGUCCCCGAAGAGGUGGAUUUGCUCGAAGAAAUCAAGCGAGAGUUCAAGAGAGAGCCAUUGGUUCCAAGGCUGAAAUUGACACCGAGCCAGCCUUAUGAAUUCAUUGAGGUUGUGGAUAUUGCGAUAUUACAACAAGAUGAUGCCUUUGACCCAACCAUGUCAAAUAUCACCACGGCUGCCCCAAGCCUAUGGCCAACGCCACCUGUCGAAGAAGACUUUUCCAGCUCGCCAUCUAUGAAUCCAUCAUUGACACCCAAUAAACCAAUCACUCCAAAUCCAACGAAUGCACCUGUGCUUGGCCCUUCACCAGAUCCAACUUCAUCGCCCACCAAGUUGCCAACUCGAUUGCCAACCAAAGAACCAUCCGAGCAGCCUUCGUUGGCACCCUCAACUCCACCCACAGCGAGUCAAACUCGAGCACCAGCUCCGGGACCCACAAGAAAUCCUACCAGAAAUCCUACAUCUACUCCUACACCGGGUCCGACGCCAAAUCCUACACCCAUUCCCACUCCAGGAGAAACGCCGAACCCAACACCCAUUCCAACUCCAGGACAAACGCCAAAUCCAACGCCUAGUCCUACUGGAAUACCCAGUCAAUCUCCGAGCAGCAAGCCCCCUUUUGGACAGCCGUCGCCAGCGCCAAGCAUGAUAUCAAGUGUUGCCCCUAGUGCGACUCCCAGUGUCUGUCCGAAUCCCAGUUGUUCUGGCACCAAUGCAUGUGCAAGCACCCCGAGUCCUUUCUCGAUUCACCCUUGUGGAUCUUGUACCGGAACUGAUGACUGUGGCUAUUCGGGAAGUAUGUCAAUUGGAACAGGGAGUUGUAACGGCAAUGCCGAGUGCAGAUCGAGCUACGCAAUGAUUAUUGGGGACAACUCGUGCAAUGGAGGGGCUUCCAAUUGGGACGGAACCUCUGUAUCUCUUGCCUGCAGUAAUCUAGCCAGUGUUCAGAUUGGAAGCAACUCUUGCAAUUGUGUCGAAUGCUGUGCCUGCUUUGAUUAUGGCGUCACAAUAGGAGAUAAUCAAUGUAAUACUCCUGGGGAUUGCUGCACUACAUUUGGAGGUACUUUUUCUGUUGGCGUUGGCUCCUGUGGCGACUCGAUUGGUAGCAGAACAUAUGCUUGUACAGGAUCAAAAGGAGUUAUCGGAACAAACUCGUGCUCAGGAAUGUUGGCGUGCAAGACUCAACGUGAUGAGAUUGGCGAUACGUCUUGCAUCGGAUCAUAUGCCUGUUCGUAUCGAAGUGGGAAUGUUGGAAGCUUCAGUUGUGUCGGAUUCAAAGCAUGCCAGGGAGGUUGGGACCAUACAGUUGGAGACAACAGUUGCAACGGGAUUGAUGCAUGCAAGGAAUUGAAUCAGAUUACAAUUGGAGAUGGCAGCUGUAACUGUCAAGCGUGUUGCGCUUGUCUACCAGACAAUACCGUUGUCCCCAGUGGGAGUUGCAAUGCGCGCGCUGCUUCGCCCGGUGACAUCGAUUUUAUUGAUGGAACCGGUGGGACACGAUGCUGCUAUUAUGCCGAGCUACCACCCUAG